AGGCAGUGGGCUCCGAGUCAACUGGUAUGACCGCGGGCACUGGGUCAGACAUUGGAUCGUCUGACUGGACAGCGGGCACUGGGUCACCAGGCAUCAGGUCAUUUGGCUCGACAGCGGGCACCGCGUCAUCUGGCAAGGCAGUGGGCUCCGAGUCAACUGGUAUGACCGCGGGCACUGGGUCAGACAUUGAAUCGUCUGACUGGACAGCGGGCAUCGGGUCACCAGGCAUCAGGUCAUUUGGCUCGACAACGGCACACCGCGUCAUCUGGCAAGGCAGUGGGCUCCGAGUCAACAGGCACGACAGUGGGCACCGGGUCAUCAGGUACCGGAUUGUCUGGCUCGACAGCGGGCAUCGGGUCACCAGGCAUCAGGUCAUUUGGCUUCGACAGCGGGCACCGGAUCAGGGUACCGGAUCAUCUGGAUCAACAGCGUGGGGCAUCGAGUCAACUGGC